UUUGCUGUGUACGCGUUGGUUUAGUUAGUAUGGUUGUGUGUCAAUCGGCGUCUUUAGUGAAAAUUUUAGCGUAAAAAGCAGUGAAAUCCGUCCCGAAACUAGGUGAAAAUAUUUCCAUCGUCGAAUUUGGGGUGAGUUCAAGCUAAUGGUGAUAUAUUUAGACAAAGUGAAGCAUAACAGAUGCGUUAGUGAAGCCAACAUCACACUUAUCUUGAAGCCAGUGAUCAAUCCUACAUAAUGGAGCAACAACAAGAGUCAACUGAACGGGCCGAAAAUCGUGCCCGUUCGCGAUCCAAGACACCAGCAAUUAUUUUACGUGUGUCCGCUGAAAGAGAAAUAAAUGGAGGAGGAGAGAAAGCAGCAACACAGGUGGCAGCUGACAAGAAAGUAAAAAAAGUGUCCACUAUUACAACCAUUGUUGAGGAGAACAGCUCGUCGCAAACAAUCACCACAGAAUCAAGCCCGAGUUCACGAGUGACCCGUCAAGUACGAACCAUUACCUCCGAUUACUCUUCCGAUGGUAUCUCCCCAGAGAAGGCAUCCUCCAAACAGUCAGCAAACUUCGUAGCGACGACAACCACCAUUACCACUUCCUCGAAAACGGUAACCCCACCAAGCUCUAAAACCAUCCAGGAGAGCAUCACCUCCAUUCGGCGAACACCGGAGAUCCAACAAAAUGAACUCAAUGAAGUGCUGGAAGACAGACAGACGACGGCUACUAUUCGGACAAGCACUCCGAAAAUCACCUACAAAACACAGAAGAAAAUGAACCUGACGACGGAAGAGCUCAGAGAGCACGCGGCCUAUAAGGAAUACAGAGAAGCCGGAGAGUAUUGGAACAAAUAUCCUAAGACGGAUUACACCUACUCGGAACUGUCGCCGCAUCGGCGGGAGAUCAUCCCAGGGGUAAUCGCAAUGCCAAAUAUGUCCCGUCCCGGGUUGAAUAAACACACCGAGCGAGUGAACGUCAUGAUUCAGCAGAAUCCCACCCAGGAGAAGUACAUCCGCAAGAGAUACUCCUCGGCGAAGUACGCGGCAGCGGGAGUUUCGGGUGGAAGCUUCGCACAUGCCGAUCCGUACGAUUCCGGUGAGGACCCGGUGGAUUGGUCACAGAUUUAUAAGUCACCCAGGCGGCACAUGAGCAAUGACAGUUAUCGAAAGAUGGCGAUGGCACAGGAGGAACAGAAAAGGUCGAUUGUGAGUCGGGUUUUCCUCACCAUCGUGCACUUCUUCUAUAGCACCGUUCACUCGGUUUCGAGAGUGUUCAAUCGAUCUGAACAUAAUCUGUACUACACGAGAGUCGAGGAAGAGAGAGGGUUCUUUUCAAAAAUCUACUCAUUAUUCACUACGCUGGUAACGAACAUUUUCAAGAAUGUGUAUCUCGUGAUCUCAAAGAUCCUCUUUUUGGACACCUGGCUCCUGCAAACAUCAGUGAGUGAUGCGAAACGAGGACGGCGAAAGCGUAAAUUCCUGUUGCUGCUACUGACGCUAUUGCCUUUUCUGCUUUUCGGUGCCUUUCUGUUGGCCGACGAGGAGCAAACAAUCGUCCUGCCGGCUUCGAAGCGUGCAACCAUCGCGCUAUCUUCGUUGGCGCACAUAUUACCUCCGCUGAGCGCUGAAGAAUUCGACAACCUCCGCCGCAGUUUCCUGCGGAAGCUAGACUGGCGUCCGGAUCCGCAAUUUUCUUGGAGUUCGCUACUACCCACUUUUGUGAGCAGUUCUGGAGGUUCGGUCGAUUCUCCGAGUGCCCAGUACGAGAGUUUACGUAGCAACCUACAGAAGACGCUCAGCCCGGAAGAGUAUGAUGAUUUGAUGCGACACAUCGAUGAGUAUAUCGAGGGCUUGCUGGCGGAGAGAUUCCUGAUGAGGGAAAAAGAAGCGGCGAGCGUGCCGAAUGAAAUGAGCCCAGAAAUGGCGGUGCAUGUGGCAAAUGUUGUGCAGCAGAAUCUGAAGUCAUUCAAUUACGAGAUUGGCUCGGCCCAGGUGGAUCGUGUGGCUGAACAAGUUAAGCAGGAGCUAUUGGCAAAUUAUCCGCAUGUGUUCAAACCAACGGAGCAGGGUAACUCGGAAGCAUUUGUACUUUCGAAGGAAAAUAUAGCUGAAAUUCAGCUACUUAUUAAAUCACAAAUCGAUGGUAUUAAUGUUGCCAUCGAUGACCAACAGCUCGAAGAUGUCGUUGUGAAAGUUUUGUCAUCUAAAAAACUUGUUGACAUAAUAGAUUCGAGAGUUUUACUGAAAACUAAGGAGAGCAUGAACAGCUACGAAACUCAGGCAGCUUUGAUAGAUAAUUUGAAAAAUGAGAUAACUGAAAUAAAGGUACAUUUCACGGAGAAACUGGCUGCCCGUAGUUUGGUGUUAGAGGAUAAUCUUAAAUUGUUGAGACAAGACCACGCUAGUUUGUCGGAUAAAAUGAAUAGCUAUCGGAUCGAGAAUGAUGAGAAGUAUUUGAAAUUAUUAGCUGACAUUGAUGUGCGGCUAGCCGCUGUUCAGCGGGAACAAUUCGCAGGGCUAAAUAACAUCAUCAAGAAGAAUAUUGUCACUAUCCUUGGUUUGAAUGUGGCGGAAAAUUUCACCGAUGAGGACAUUAAGACAUGGAUCAGUAAUUUAUUCGUGGCAAAGGAUUAUCUGGAAAAUCGCUUGAAAGAGUAUCAGGUUGGUGUGAAUGCUUUGAUACAGAAAGAACUCGAGCGAUCAGCUGCGACGCUUAUGAAAGAAAUUGGUGACAAAAUCCAGAAGGAGGUUCUUAUUAUGCUACAAUCACAGAAAAGUGAGCUCAAUAUUGAUGCACAGGCGGGAAAGACAACUUCGUCUGAUGGUAGCGGAGGCCUUUCGGAAGUGGACGUCCGCCGGAUCGUACGUGAUGCGCUCCGUAUUUACGAUGCGGAUAAAACGGGACUGGUGGAUUAUGCCCUCGAAUCGGCGGGAGGGCAAAUUUUGUCCACCAGAUGCACGGAGAACUAUCAGACGCAAUCGGCGCAGAUUUCGAUCUUCGGCAUUCCGCUGUGGUAUCCGACGAAUACACCGCGAACGGUGAUUUCGCCCACUAUGCAGCCAGGUCAAUGCUGGGCAUUUACUGGCUUCCCGGGGUAUUUGGUCAUCCAGCUGAAUAGCGACGUCGUCGUGACUGGCUUCUCGCUGGAACAUAUCUCUAAACUGCUUGCACCAAAUGGACAGAUAGAUUCCGCUCCGCAGAAUUUCUCCGUCUGGGGUCUCGCAGCCGAAAACGACGCCGAACCGGUUUUGCUGGGGAACUACGUGUACCAGGACAAUAACGUUGCGCUGCAGUACUUCCCGGUGGAUAAUCCUACGCGGCCGGAGCUCCAGGGGCGCACCUUCCGUAUUGUGGAACUCCGCAUCGAGUCCAACCACGGUAACGUACACUACACUUGCCUGUAUCGGUUUCGGGUGCACGGCGAACGGGUAUAAUACGGAGAUACGAGGAGAGGACCUACAUCGAAGAAUGGUACCCGCCGCAGGGUAAUUGUAAAUAGUCGAAGGAUGGGGACGUCAUUUUAACUUAUGUUUAUAUUUUGUACUUUGAGUCUAAAUUCGUUCGAUACGCUCUUUGUCUUUUGUUGCUUUUAUGUUGUUGUUUUUAGUUGUAUGAUGUGAGGAAUCGAAGGCGCGAUGAUAAUGCAAUAAUCACCAUUAUGUGUGUGUUUGUGUGUGCCACGUCGGGGAACUUUAGGGCUAGUAAUAAGUCAGGAACCAAAUCUAGGUGUAAGUUAGUAAUGUUAUUGUUUGAGAGCUUUCUGUCUAUUCGUUUCGUCGCAAGCAUCAAUUUUCGUUGAAGCAUUGUGAUGAAACCCUUUACUAACCACAAAUUUUGCACUCAUCACAAGCUACUUCCCAUCCAGCGUGACUAUUAAAACCUAAUCUGAGUUUAGAUUUUAUUUAGUUGGAAUGAAAGGAUUGAAUGGUUGAGCGUGAAAAAAUAUCACAUGAGCGUAAAACUGAAUUGUUGGAAAGAGUGUGUUUUCGUUCUUUUUUUUUCAAUUUUGUGACUCGCUUCCUCCAUAUGGAAUACAUAUUCGAUUAUAUAGAAUGUAAAUGUGACUAAAAACUGGAAGGAUAUUGUCCUGAGAACUGCUGAUACUUGUUUUAAAAUAAGACGAAUUUCAUACCAACUCGUCAUAGAAGUUGGCAGCACCAUCUCAGACAGCAGCGUAACGCUGUGGAGCACAAUAGUGACUCAAAAACUAUAAUAACUACAAAAUUUGGGAAACGUACAAAAUUGUUCAAAUUUUCAUGAAAAUACAUGAAAGAAACAAAACACUUGAAAAACCAUUUUGAAAUUAGAUUUAAUUGAAAUAAUUUUUCCCAAAAACUUUUUUUUUAAAUUCUAAAAAUAUAUAUAUAUAUAUAUAGCCCUUACCAUUUUCAACAAGUCAUCCAUACAACGGAAGAUGGGCACUUCUACAGGGAAAAAGAUUUUCUAACAACAACUUUUUCAUGUUUUCUUUGAAAAAUUACUAUCAAUGUUUGACUCGUAACAUUUUAGUGUAUACAUUUUAUUUUCUAUUUAGAAACACGUCAAGAACAUGUCAAACAUGAGAAUUUGAACACAAAAAUACCAUAUAUUCCAAAAACCAUAAAAGAUAGCAAGUUUCCGUCUUCGACAAAAGUUCAUAUUUUAAUAUGAUCUAAAACUUUGUCAAAUACAAUAUACUAGAGAUGUGCCAUCCGCUCAUGAGCUGUUCCGAAGAAUCGACUCUUUGAAGUGAGUUGACGCGGAACAGCUCGCAAAAAAAAUCAAACAGCUCUUCAGCUCACUUUGAUGAUGAUGAAGGAGAGAAAAGAGCUGUAGAAUUGAAGAGAGUGUGUGAGCUGUAAGAUUCAAAUGAACUGACCGUCUCUCGCUCUUCGUGUUAAGACAUCAGUUUAGUUUCAUUUGUCCCUCGUCUUUUCAACUGUUAUAUUCGCGUUGACGGCAUUGAGCUUUGUUUACCAGUUUAGGGGGCGCCAAAAAUAAUAAUUGGCUCUCAGGCAGAAUGAACACGUUUUUAAAAUUCAAAUUAUUAAUGAAAAUUAACUUCUGUGUAUCAAAUGAGUAUUCUAUUUCAAUGAAAAACACUUUGUUUGCAGGCGGUGCAAAAAUCUCGUAAGAUUUUUUUUUUUUGAAGAAAACUUUCUAUUGUAAUGUAAAGCCUCAGUAAAAAUGUCGGAAAUGUUAUACUCGCCGAGUCUGUUGUAAAUAAUAGUCUGGAAUACGUGUUUCAAGUAAUUAAUAAUAUGGUGUGAAAAAUUUUUUUUUUUUGCAUGUAGUUUUUGAUUUUUGAAAAUAAAAGAGGAAUUUGAUUUUUGAUUCAUCCCCUUAAAGUCAGAAAACACCUUUCUCGCAUUAAAAAAAUAAAUUUAUCCAGAUUAUCUCAGGAGGUGAUAGACGACCAUAUUUGAUGAUAAAAAUCCUCCUACGCAUAGGUUCGAACUUCAACAAUGACAGAGUUAUAGAACUUUUUUUUUGUUUCGGACUCUGUUGUCUCAAACUGGCUCUACAUCAAAAAGUACGCUACGGAAGACGAUUCUUUUUUUAGUACAUGAUAUAGUAGUGGAACAACUAAAUUAGUGGAUUUUAAUAACAUUUUGGAAGUGAAAAACUUAAAAGUUAAUAAUUUUUAAUGUGUUAUUGUUAAUUUUAUCCUAAAAAUUUAUAUUAAGCUAGAUUAUUUCUAUCAAUUAAAUUGAAGUUCUUUAACCGCUCUACAAUUUGUUCUUUGACGCCCAACUUCUAUCUUUCUUAAUUUGGAUUCAAUAUCCAUAUAAACAAUUCCUGGUGAAAAUUCAAGCAAAAUGUUCAAAAAACACGAUUUUUACCCCACUGUACAUGUAAUAGACACUUAAACGUCACCUUAACGCUGAAAGGUCACAUUUCUUCUUGAAAUAAGCCAUAUUUGAAAUAUAAAAAAAAUAUUUUUUUCCAAACUGUAUAUAAUCGAAAAAAAUUGUAUAUAAUCGAAUCACAUAUAAUCGAGUCUGUAUAUAAUCGAGUCCGACCUGUAUUGCUGUCUUGUCAAAGAAAACAUGAAAAAGUUGUUGUUAGAAAAAAAAUUCCCUGUAAAAGUGCCCAUCUUCCGAUGUAUGGAUGACUUGUUGGAAAUGGUGAAAUGAUUUCAAUUUUAAAACAAUAUUUUCAGUAUAAUCUUCAAAAAAAAAUUGAUAUUUUUUAUUAAAAUUUUAUUUCUCUUACUGCAUUCUUCGGCCAAAUUUUUGAAGGUAUUGUAGUUUUUGAGUUAUAAUUUUUUGUGAAAAACCAAGAAAUUUUGUUGGUCCUUUUCAAAAAUUAGUCUAAUAAUUUUUUAAUAUUUCAAGUAGGGGAAGACGGGGUAAGACCGCUUGUCGGGGUAAGACGGACCACUCCUAGUUUUAUGAGAAAUGCUCAAUAUUUUGAUAAAUAUGCUACGCAAGAAGCAUUAAUAGCAUAUUUCCGAAACACCUUGCAACAUCUGAGAGCACGAAAUGUCAAAACUGUAAAUAAAGUUUUCGUCCAUCGCGAUUGCAAGAGAUCUUAUUUUCAAGGCAACCAAAAUAAGGAUUUUCCCAGCAAAAACUGUAUAUUCCGUUAGUUGCUAGUGUCCCAGUCCUUCAGUAGAUUGUUCUGGUUCUUCCUGCGUGAAAAGGUAUGUAAAAUGUAAUAUAAAUGCGAACCAUUUUCGACGAUUUUUUAAUAUCAAAUAAAACACUAUCUUUUUACUCGUUGAAGCAACAUACCUCAUCAAUUCAACAAGAAGAAGCCAAUGUCGGGGCAAUAAAUUUUUAAAGUGCAAUCCGACAUUAUCUUUUCGGAAGCCGGAAGCUAUUUCCGAUGCCAGAGCUCGGGCCUUCAACAGGCCAUCCGUCACUGAAUUUUUCAACCUCCUAACAUCCAUCACAGAGCACACGAAUUUUCGACCGGCAAGGAAAUUUAAUGUAGACGAAACUUGCGUUUGCACGGAAAUACCCAAAGGAAGAUUGGGAGAUAAAUGGCUACCGUAUCUAUAAGUUUCCCUUUUUUUUGGAAACCUUUACUUGGUACUCUUCCGGUUUCUUGUCCCUAAAAUGAAAGGUCCUCGUGUUGCGAAGAGAAAACGUGCUGCAGAGAACACGGCCGAGUUGACUUCCAACGACUACAUGGAAGGCUUGAAAAAGGCCAAAGCGUCAAAGGACAUAAAGGUAUACAAAAAGAACGAAAGACGACUCUAAGGAAACCUAAAGGCUCAAAGACAUCACCUACUUUGGGGUCAUCCAGACUUCACGUGAAUAGAUUUUGAGAAAUUUUAGACCCACAUAGACAAUCGUCUUAUAGAUUCCGAAAAUUUAAUAAUUGUUUCACGAAUAUUUUCUAAACUCUUUUCUGUGGAAUAUGGAUAACCUUUACAGAAGUUUUUGUGUAGUUUAUGAACAACUCGAAAACAUGUAGUACCUUAGACAACACUGUUCCUGUUAUUUCUACUAGACUAAACUGUUUGAAAAUAGUCUUGGUUCGUCUUACGUCGUCAUAAUCCGUUUUACCCCGCCAGCAAAAUAAAAAGUAAUUUUCUAUCAUUUCAAAAAUUAAUGAAAAGAGCAAAACAAUCAACAGCUACACAUUUUUAAGUAGUAUAUUAUUAUAUAAUCAAUGAUAUGCGGCACUAUAACAGGGAAAAUCCCAGAGGAAGUUUAACUAAAAAUUGGUUUUCUUAGGGGGGCGGUCUUACUCCGUCUUCCUCUAUGCUAAGUAGUUUAAAUAAUCGAUGUCUUCACACCGACAACUUUUCGCUGUAAUCUGAUGUAUUGCUGCCAAUGGCCAGUAGAGUUGGCAUGAAGUUCGUUAUAUCAAAUAUGUAUCCAAAUUUAUGCUCUCUGAACACAUUUCAUUUUACCUAUUUCACCUACUAUACUUCCCUUGCUAUGCAGCACACCGAUAAUAUCAUUGCCCGCUUGAGUUCGUCAAACUCAUAAGGAUUUUAAUAGUUUCACAUCGCCGUCUUUCGAUAAUCUAAGAGUAUAUAACUAUCUUAAUUAGCGCGAUAAGUACUUUAACUGCACCUAACCGCUUGUGUUAACAAUUCGCUCUAGGUUUAAAUGCUGUUUAUAUUUCGAUAACUUUAAAACCAGUUAAGUCCCAAAGUCACUAAACUUAGAAUUACUUACCAAUGAGUCAUUCGUCCAAGUGGAUCAUCUUAUGUGUGUAUUCGUAAUGAUAAGGCAUAAUGUGUUCGUUACUAGGUUCGUUUUGUACCGAUAAUCGUUUUAUCAGUUUAUGAAGAGUAGUACAAAUUAAUCGGUUAACGUCUGUUCUGCUGCCGAAGAGAAGCAACCAUUGCGGACAGCAUAAUUCCAUUUCGCAGUAUCAAAAUUUUUGUUCUAUCUGCGCUCAAUCCAGCGCAGGUAGCUUUGGAUUUUAACAUUAAAAUUAUUGUUUAUUCUUCUCGUCCAAAUACACUGUAACAGUGAUUCGGUUAGUCAAUAAA